AGACUUGAUUCAUAUAAAUCGACACUUCUGGUCACUACAACCAGCCCCUGUGUGAAACAGAGAAAUAAUCGUGGCGCUCCACGUGACCACUAAAAGUUUCUCCCAGGCGUCAUACAUAACCUAUUGUAACAGUCACGAAGAGGAAGCAACGCUUCUUAAUGAUCUGGAAUACAAAGUAAUUAAUCUAAAUUUACAAAACUCGCUAUAACAAUGUCCAUGUUGCCAGUGUUGAUCAGCCGUGAAGAGGUUAUGCGACUUCUGCAGAAUAAUGACUUGAUUCCGAGUCUCGAGUCUGCACUAGGAAUGUUUUCUAAACGGAACGGUACGGAGGUGAUCCAACCAGUGCGGACAACUGUCCCGCUUCAGAAAUACAAUGGAUUCCUUGGGUUGAUGCCUGCAUAUAUAGCUCACGAAGACGUUUUAGCCAUUAAAAUAGUAUCCUUCUACCAGCGAGACAAGGACUCCGAUUUGUCUGCACAUCAGGCGACUGUGUUGCUUUUUGACCCAGAACGGGGAAAUGUCAUAGCUGUUAUGGAUGGGAUAACCAUCACAGAAAAAAGGACAGCUGCAGUUUCAGCUAUUUCUGCUAAACUGUUGAUGCCACCUAAAGCAGAGGUGCUGUGCAUUCUGGGUUCUGGCAGCCAGGCUAUCAGCCAUUAUGAGGUCUUCACACAAAUGUUCUCCUUCAAAGAGAUACGUGUGUGGAGUAGGAGGAGGGAGAGAGCAGAACAGUUUGCCAGGGCUGUCCAGGGCCCUGUGGCAGUAUUUUCCUCUGUAAAGGAAGCUGUGGAGGGGUCUGAUGUCAUAAUCACAGUUACUAUGGCAACAGAGCCUGUGCUGCAGGGUGAAUGGGUGAAGCCAGGUGCUCAUGUGGCCGCGGUGGGAGCCUGCAGGCCAGACUGGAGGGAGCUGGACGAUGCCCUGAUGAGAAAGGCAGUGGUGUAUGUGGACAGUAGAGAAGGAGCCUCUACUGAAUCGGGAGAUAUUAUCCUCUCUGGGGCCAGUAUAUUUGCUGAGUUGGGCGAAGUUAUCAAUGGGACUAAAUCGGCCCAAUGUGAGAAAACCACCGUGUUCAAAUCCCUUGGGAUGGGAAUUCAGGAUGCAGUAUGUGCAAAGCUUGUGUUUGACCAGUGGAAGAGCCAACAGUGAAGGAUUUCUUUCAAGGUCUCACAAAGGGAUGUUCUGCAACAACAUCAAUGAUAACAUUGAUAUUUAACUGAGAGAAACAGAGGACAGUGCUGUGAACAGCCCAUGCCUGUCUGCUGUUUUCAAAAGCCAACUAAUCUAACUGUAGCAGUACAGUCCCCAAAUUCAAAUUAAUGUUGAAAUUAAAAUAAAAUGUUUUAAAGCUUAAUGUUUAUUUACCAUGUCAUAGACUAAAUAAUUGUAAUACUGUAUAGAAUCUGAUUUGCAUCUCUUGUUGGGAUUUUUAUGAUUAAUUGGUUUAAAAUGUUAGUGCUACUUGUCUACUUGUAAAGCUUUGUUUCUAGUUCCAUAUAGUCUUGGUGAAUAUAGAUCUGAAAUGCAGUAUUAUGUGGACUGAAAUUAAAUUGAUUGAGCUUGUAAA